AUGUCGAUGAAAGCCAUCGUGAAGAGCGUCGCUUCGGGCGACUCACUCAUCCUGCGCGGGCGCCCCGGUCCCCAAGGUCAACUUCCGAAGGAACGUAUCCUGCAUCUCGCCGACAUUCAGACGCCGCGCAUCGGUAAUACGACGCGUGAAGAUGAGCCAUGGGCAUAUGAAGCUCGCGAGUUCCUUCGCGCCAUGGCCGUUGGCAAGGAAUGCACCUUCACCUCCGCACACUCGCUCGGCCCAUCCGCAGACGACAUCCCGCGCGACCUAGGCACCGCAGAAAUUGCAGGUCAUGACGUCGCAAUUGAGCUCCUCCGCGCUGGCUGGGCAAAGGUGAAGGAGCUCAAGCGCGACCCGACCGAGGAGGACAACCGCCGGCGCGACGCCGAGGCAGAGGCGCGCGCAGCCGGCAAGGGCAUUUGGAACCCGCAUGGCCAGAAGGCUCGCCAGGUCAUCUACACUAUGCCCACGGACUCGCAGGCGUUCAUGACUGAAUGGAAGGGCAAGGUUCUGGACGCCCUCAUCGAGCAGGUCAAGGAUGGCAGCACCUUCCGCGUUCGCCUCCUGAUGCCCGAGGGAGAGCAUCAGUGGAUCAACCUUGCUCUUGCCGGUGUCCGUGCACCACGCGCAGCCGCAAAGGCCGGCGAUACAAGUGAACCGUUCGGCGACGAGGCCAAGUUCUUCACCGAAUCCCGCCUAUUGCAGCGCGCCGUGAAAGUAGUAUUGCUAUCCCUGCCCGGCGCAACACCAAGCCCAUUCCAGCAAAACGCAAAUGGCAACGCGCCCGCGCCGGCCAGCAUCUUCAUCGGCAACGUCCUGCACCCGGCCGGUAACAUCGCCGAGUUCCUCGUCGGUGCCGGUCUCGCGCGCGUCGUCGACUGGCAUGCCGGUAUGCUUGCCGCCAACGGCGGUAUGGAGCGUCUGCGCGCGGCCGAGAAGGCUGCUCGCGAGCGCCGCUUGGCGUUGUACGCCACUGCGCCCGCGCCGACUGCCACCUCCGCGACGAACGGCAAGUCCUCCGUCCCCGGCGCUUCGAAGAACUUCGACGGUACAGUCGUGCGCGUAUGGAGCGGUGACCAGAUCUCCAUCGUUGACCGCAAUGGUCGCGAGCGCCGCGUACAGCUUAGUUCCACCCGCGGCCCCAAGCUCUCGGACCCUCGCCAGGCGUACUAUGCUCAGGAGGCACGCGAGUUCCUCCGCCGCAAGCUCAUUGGGAAGACCGUUAAGGUCACUGUUGACUUUGUCCGUCCCCGUGAGGGCGACUACGAAGAGCGCGAGGCAGCAACUGUGCGCUACGGCAACCAGAAUGCCAACAUUGCCGAGCAGCUGAUCGAGAAGGGUCUCGCCGGCGCUGUGAGGCACAAGCGUGACGAUGAGGAUCGCUCUCCUGACUAUGACAAGCUCAUGGCUGCUGAGCAAGCUGCUGUCGCUGAGGGCCGCGGUAUUCACUCCGGCAAGGACCAGCCGGCACCACGACCCCCAUUGAACCUUUCCGAAGCACAACACCGCGCAACACAGUUCUUGUCAGGCUUCAAGCGCCAGGGCCGCAUUCCUGCACAGGUUGAGUUCGUUGCUGCUGGGUCGCGCUUCAAGCUCUUCUUGCCGAAGGAUAACCAGGUCUUGACUCUUGUUCUCGGCGGCAUCCGUGCACCCCGUACGGCACGAAACCCCUCAGAAAAGUCGGAGCCGUAUGGUGCCGAGGCAGCGGAGUUCGCCACCCGUCGCUACAUGCAACGUGAUGUCGAGUUUGAAGUUGAUUCGCUUGAUAAGUCCGGCGGCUUCAUCGGCGCAUUGUACCUCAACAAAACGGAGAACGCCGCCGUAUCACUGCUGCGCGAGGGUCUUGCCACCGUACAUGCCAGCUCCGCGGAGACAUUAUCGUACUCGCGUUACUUGUUCGAGGCGGAGGAGCAGGCGAAGAAGGAGCAGAAGGGUAUCUGGAGCGACUACGACGCCGAGGCGGAAGCAGCAGCUGAGGCCGCCGCCAACGCCGAUGCCGAUGCACCCAUCAAGCCGGAGUUCAUGGACGUGAUCGUCAGCGACGUUCGCACCAAGAACGGCUUCUCCUUCUCCGUACAGAUCCUAAACACGGAGGGCAUCGCAUCACUUGAGAAGCUCAUGCGUGACUUCUCGUUGCAUCACCGCGGCUCGGAGGCAACAGCACCGAAGAGCUGGACACCGAAAGCUGGCGAGCUCGUCAGCGCAAGGUUCAGUGAUGGUGCAUGGUACCGCGCGAAAAUCAAGCGCUCUAGCGCGGUCAAGCGUGAGGCGGAGGUCGCAUUCAUCGACUACGGCAACCAGGACACCGUCGGCUUCGACGCAAUCCGCCCGCUUGACCCCAAGUUCCGCUCGCUACCUGGCCAAGCACACGAAGCACGUCUCAGCUUCGUGCGCUUGCUGGGCGACGAGAGCGAGUAUGGCGCCGAUGCCGUCGCACGUUUCCGUGAACUUUGCGAAGGCCGCAAGUUGAUUGCGGUGCAGGACGCGAAGGAGGGCAGCCUGCUCCACCUGCGCCUCAUUGAUCCUUCAGACCCCGCGAGCGCUGAGGACCCAUACGCAAGUGUCAACGCGGACUUGUUGCGGGAGGGCCUAGCUGCGCUUGAUAAGAAGGGUUGCGCACGAUACUGGCACGCGCAGCCUACACUUGUCAAGAGGUUGCAGGAGGCUGUCCAGGGCGCGAAGAAGGACAGGCUUGGAAGGUUCGAGUUUGGUGAUGUUGAGGAGGACGAUUAG